AUUGCAUUUGCAAGUUUGUACCUUUCAGACUGUUUCGUUUAAAGCACGUAAAAGUCCAAUGCCUCCCAAAAAGAAUGGAAAAGGGACCGGAGAUAAAUCGCCUAAAAAGGAAAGUAUGAAUCCUGAGCAGAAAAAUGAAGAAGAACUGACGGAAAAUGACAAAAACUUUUACCGGGCUCAAAUACGCGAUUUGGAGGAGCGACUGGAAAGAUACCAGCAAAAAUGUGAUGAAUUGGAGGUUCAAGAAAAGGACUUACACUCAAAGAUCAAUAAUGUGGAGAAAGAGAAGAAAGACAUAGUCCUCUACCUGAAACGCACACUGGCUCAAAAAGAAGAUGAGCUGAUUGAUCUGGCUGAGACGUUAUCAAGAAACCAGCAAGCUCAAGAGGCUGAGAGGGAGUCCUUUGAGUUACAACUGAGCCUGCUUAGACACGAACUUCAGGAAAAUAAGGAAAAAUUCACAUCGGAGAACAUGGCGCUUGCUGGUAAGCUGGCAUCUUUGGAAGAGUUUUCUAUGCAGAGAGAGAAUCUCAUGGCUGAACGCAGGUCUUUGGAAGAGCAGCUUCAAAAGCAAAAAGAAGAACAUCAAGCACAAAUCUAUAAUCUGGAGAAAAAAGCUGUACUGGACAAUGACAGGCUAAAAAAAGAAAUGCUGCAACAUGUUGCUGCUGUAGCAGCUGAAUUUCGGCGAGUUUCAGACCAGAAAAUGCCCGAGACGACAAAGAGGGCCAUGCAAGAAAACCUCUCUGUGACAGCUCAACUUCAGCAGCUCUCAGACAAGACCAAGGAGCUGCUGAGAGAGAAUGAUGAUCUACGAGCAAGAGAAAAACAAUUCAAAAUAGAGAACGCCAUUACUGAACCGCUGCUACAUGAGAUAACCAAGAAGAAUAUUGCUAAUCAAAAGGUGGUCUAUCAGUUGACAGAAAAGUGCAAGCAAAUGCAGUCUGAAGUGGAGAAAUGUACCAAACUUAAAGUGGAGCACCAAGAGCUGCUAGACAGCCAUUCUGCAAUAUGCACAGAGCUUGAUGCUCUCAGAAAGAAACAUGCAACAGUUAUAGAAGUGCUAAACCAAACAAAAGCUGAAGUUAUGAGACAGAGGGAAGAGCUUGAAGAGGAAAAUACGCUGAGAAAAGAGCUAAAAAGAGUUCUUGAGGAAGCAGCCGUAGCUUUAAAGGAGGCCCUUAGGGAGGUCCCUAAAGAGGAAGACUCAGAACUGAAGAUUACUGUCAGACGAAAUCAGAUGAUGCAGAAGCUGCUGGCUGUGCUGGACAGUGCUGCAGCUUUAGGAAACGGUCCAGCUCUUACAGAGUUUGUGCCAGAGGUGACUUGCAGUCAUGAUCUUAAAAAACCCUCUGACAUAAAAAGACCAAGUGAACUCCUGCAGAAAUCCACUUCACGUCUUUCUCAUUUCAAAACUGGAGACCUUGGGUUGGUCCCUCGCAAAACACACACUACAUCAAAGUUAGGAAAUCUGUCUAGGAGUGCUUAUACAUAUGUACAUAAGAAACAAUCAAAUAAUAAAUGACUGGUCAUACUUGUGGGAGUUUUUUUUUUUUUUUUAAAAUAAUGUAUUGUUAAUUUUAAAUCAUUCCAAAUUUCAUUGUUGUUUUCAUAUCUUGUCACUAGGUGGUAGUGUUGUAUCAUGAUGAAUAAAUAAGUAACGCUGGCCUGAAAUUGGA